ACGAAAAGCGUGAAGCUGGUCAGAACGCAAGUGCAGCAUCUAGUCCAUUCGACCACGCCGUAUCAAAUAUCCUGCAGUUCCCCGAACAACUAUCUCAUACAAGAAUGUCUCGUGACGCGAUUGAAAACCUUACGCUAGACCUGGAGGAGAUGCGAACGCUUGCAGGGAGUGCCCAGCGCAAUCGGGUGCAACAGAUGCUAGCAAUCGACAUUCGCAAACUGGAGACGGACAUUCAGCGCCAGCGGGAUCUUUUGGCCGCCCAGGCCAGCAGCGAACAGAGCAUCUCCCGACCGGUACAAACAUCCGUGCCCGGUGAUAUCCGCCGGUACCAGGUGGAGCUGAAGGAGUACGCAUGGGAUCAGAGCGACAAGUUUAUCAAAAUAUUCGUUACCGUCAACGGUGUGCAGCAGGUGCCGGAGGAUAACGUGAAUGUAGAGUUUACCGAAAACUCAUUCCAGCUGGUGAUAAGCGAUCUAAACAAUAAGGAUUACAUCUUCGUCGUGAACAAUCUGCUCAAUCCGAUCGAUACGGAGAAGAGUUACCGGCGCGUCAAGUCCGACAUGGUGGCAAUUUAUCUAGCCAAGCAAGCGCCGACGAAGUGGGCACAUCUUACACUGACGGCCAAACGGCUGCAGGACCUAAAGGACGAACGGUUCUCGGAUGGGAAGAAGGCUACAGCUGACGAUCCAUCAUCCGGCUUAAUGAACAUCAUGCAGAAGCUUUACGAAUCCGGUGACGCGGAGACGAAACGCACCAUCAACAAGGCAUGGCAUGAAUCGCAAACGAAGCAAAAGGGUAUGGGUAUGGAAUAAAACCAGGCAACCGGGAGGACAAUAUACAUAUGCAUAGAGUUCGAGCGCAACAUGGAUAUCCAUUUCAUGCCGAUUAAUUGAGUAAUACAUUAUUUGUAAAGCGAUGUUUACAUUCAAGCACGGUCUAGGCGUGGCCGCUGUCACCUUCAAGCUAAAGCGAUGCGCGACAUUUGCCAUCGGUCGCGCUGCGGUCGUGCUUGCUUCAACAUAAGUCUGAACGCCGCUUAUGUUCUAAACUGAAAUAAAGUAACAAUUACGUAUUCCACAUGUA